AUGAUAACAACGGAAUCUAAAGACACGUCAACGGAAUCUAAAGACACAUCAACGGAAUCUAAAGACACGUCAACGGAAUCUGAAGACACAUCAACGGAAUCUAAAGACACGUCAACGGAAUCUAAAGACACGUCAACGGAAUCUAAAGACACAUCAACGGAAUUUAAAGACACAUCAACUGAAUCUAAAGACACGUCAACGGAAUCUGAGGACACGUCAACGGAAUCUAAAGACACGUCAACGAAAUCUAAAGACACAUCAACGGAAUCUGAAAACACAUCAACGGAAUCUAAAGACACGUCCACGGAAUCUGAAGACACAUCAACGGAAUCUAAAGACACGUCAACGGAAUCUAAAGACACGUCCAUGGAAUCUAAAGACACGUCAACGGAAUCUAAAGACACGUCAACGAAAUCUAAAGACACAUCAACGGAAUCUAAAGAUACAUCAACGGAAUCUAAAGACACGUCAACGGAAUCUAAAGACACGUCAACGGAAUCUAAAGACACAUCAACGGAAUCUAAAGACACAUCAACGGAAUCUAAAGACACAUCAACAUAA